UCCGUUCACCGACACUAGAAAACGGGGAACUGUUGCGAAUCGGGGGGAAAUAACUUCUAUUUGCUAUUUCUUAAAUGCAAACCCGUGAAAGACGCGGCUUUUCCCCCCUAGUCCGAGAAAAAUUAUAACAUCAAGGGCGAUGCGAUGUGAGUGAGCUAUGCCUUAUAGACAUGGACAGACUGUAUCCAAGCGAAAACAUGGCGUCUAUUUCUCAGAGUUUGGACUUUUCUGCAGUCUGCUGUUCCUCUGCUUCCUCGAACCAUCGGGCGUCUUGGGAAGUGACCAGGGUUGCAGCCCGUGUCCCACCAACUGUACUUGCUCGCUUGUGGGACCCCAGGAUUCUUGUGUGGUUAAUUGUUCGAACAUUGGACUGGAAUGGGGACCAGCGCCAGUCGAUCUCCCGUCUGACACAAACACUUUGGACCUGUCCGGCAAUCGCAUUUCCUCUGUAGAUGCCAGUCUCUUCGAUCAUCUGACUUCCCUGAAGGAACUAGAUUUAAGUGGCAACCAGAUUUCUACAUUAGAAGAAAGAAUAUGUGAUAAAUUAUUUAAUUUAACUGAAAUAAACCUGAGCAGGAACCCGUUUGUGUGCGACUGUAAGCUCUUCCGGCUGGUGAGCUGGCUCCAGGAGAAGGGAGUGGAGGUGCGGAGGGCCGAGUCCAUGCUGUGCGACCGGCCCCCGGAGCUCAGGGACCAGCCCGUGCUGAACGUCAGCCUCCACAUGUGCGGGCUGAACUACGCGGGCUGCCUGCCGGACAGCCACACGGGCGUGCGGGAGCUGGUGAUCUUCACCCACUCGUCGCCGGGCAACCACACGCGGGACAGCUGCAACGCGCAGUGCUUCCAGAAGCCGCACCGCUACGGGGGGCUGGGCGCGCAGGGAGAGUGCCUGUGCAGCACCAACUCCGAGCCCAACCUGAUCAGCGAGGCACAGUGCUCGGCGGCCUGCGCGGACGCGCGCGUGAUGAAGGAGUGCGGCUGGACGCUGGCGCGCGACGUCUUCCUGGUGGUGUUCUCGGGCGCGCUGCGGCGGCCGCUGCGCUUCCACGUGCACCGCGAGGCGGAGCUGUCUCUCCGGGCGUCCGUGCGCCCCGCCGGGCUGGCCUGGGACUUCGGCGACGGCUCGCCGCGGGAGAACAGCACCGCCGCCGGGCCGCUCAACGCCACGCGGCUCGCCGCCCGCCACAAGUACGCGCUGCCCGGGGACUACGCCGCCCGCGUCACGCUGUGGGCCGAGAGGAGGGACGCCGGCCUGCCGCGCAAGGAGAUCACCGUGCCGGGGAGGGUGCGCGUCACCCUGCCCCCGCGGCUGGAGCUGGCCUGCCCCGCCGCCGUCCUGGCCAAUCGCAGCGUCCGCGUCGGGCUGGUCAACUGGGGCGGGCUGGGCGUGGCCGUGGACUGGAAGAUCCUGCAGGGCGCACGGGAGGUCGCCAGAGGACUGCCCCACUGUCCAUCAGACGGUUUCCUGGAUACGAACUCCUCCCACUGCUAUCAGCUGGUCCCAGGGGAGUCCAGCUGGGUCGACGCCCGGCGCCAGUGCUCCGCCCUGGGGGGGGACCUGGCCGUGGUCCGGACCGAGCCCAUCCGCAGGUUCCUGGCGGGACGCGUCACACAGGACCCAGGCGUGUGGCUGGGCCUGAGCGACACGGACUCCCCCGGCGCGCUGCAGUGGGCCGACGGCGUGGAGGCGGCUGAGGAGGAGGGCGGGGCCCGGGACCGGCCCAGCCUGCUGCCCGGCGGCGUCUGCGUGGCCCUAGACUCCGGGGGCCACCGCACCUCCCACCCCUGCAGCACCAAGAGGGCCUUCCUCUGCCAGUACCGGCCCCAAGUGCGCUUGCCGGACGCGGGCGUGUUCAUGGCGGGCAGCGCGGUCUUCCACACUCACAGACCCCUCUCUGUCCCUGUGGCCCGGCCAUCUGGCCUGGAGGACCCCGCAGCACCGGUGGAGCUCCUGAUGUUCCCGGGCAUGGCGUUCCUCCAUGACGGCCGGCUCUCCUCUCUGGAGUUCAUCACACAGGACCUGAGCAGAGGGGCCCAGGUGCGCCUGCAGGUGUACAGACCUGAGUGUGAGGGGAUGGGACUACACCUGCUGCUGCCAGGUUGUGGGGACCUCUGCGCCCCCGUCGCGGUGUGCCAGGAGGUGGAGGCGAACGACACCGUGGAGGACUGCCCCUCCCGUCAGCAGUGGUGCCCCUUCCCGGGGGCCUGCGUCCCGCUGGGCAGCCCGUGCGCCCCCUCCUCCUGCCCCAACUGCUCCCGCGCCUCCCUGCUGCCCGCGGAGCUCUCCCUGCCCGAGUACCGCCUGGUGAAGGAGGUGGUCUUCUCCCUGCCCCCCGGAGCCUCCCGUCACCAGCUGGUGCAGGAGCAGAUUUCGGACAUGGCCGUGUCGGCGGGGGAGUUCAUCGCCCUCCAGCACGACGCCGGGGCCGGCGCUCUGCUGCAGUGCGCCCUGGACCGCUCCUCGCCGUGGCGACAGAGCCUGCUGGCGCUCCGCCCCUCCGCCUGGGUCAACGGCACCUCCUCCGUGGUCGCGGCGGGGAACGGGAGCGCCUGGGAGGAGGACCGGGCGUGCCUGCUGAGGGUCCUGUACACGGGCCCCCGGGAGACCAGCGUCCUGGGGCCCGUGCUCCAGGCGGGACUGCCCGACCCCGGGGUCUACACCCUCCGGGUGACCUCUGACGACCCGUACUUCCCCAGCCGGGCGUCGUGCUCCAUCCGCGUGGUGCCGCCCCUGGGCCUCGCCGUCGUCUACCCCCCGGGCCAGAACGGCACCAUCUACCUCCCCGCCAACCAGACCUUCCUGCUGGCCCGCGUGCGCUCCUGGCACCCGGCGUGGGCCGGCUGGGCGGGCGGCGAGAGCUCGGCCCAGUUCCGGCGCGGCUGCCCGCCCGAGCUGGAGUCCGUGGUGCCGGAGUGCCGUUCCGACCCGCACAACGACACGCUCUUCGCCUACCUGGACCUGCGUCUGGAGGACACGCCCGCCGGCGCCGUUCUUCUGACCGCCCGCAGCGAGGUGGCCUCGGCCAACCUGAGUGUGCAGGUGUGCGUGGAGGAGCCGCUCCGGGGACUCCGGGUCACGCCCCACCCCAACCACAGGGCGGUGAUGCUCACCAUGGUGACCUACUCGGCAGCCGUGGAGGGCGGCUCUAACCCCAGCUUCAAGUGGACGGUGGACGACAAGCCCCACUUCACGUACUACAACACAGUGCUCAACGUCAUCUACCAGAACCUGGGCGUCUACAAGCUGUCGGUGACGGCGAUGAACCAUGUCAGCGACCUGACGGAGCACUACAACGUGACGGUGGACCGGAUGAACCCCAUGACCGACCUCGCCGUGAGGGGAGUCCCCGACAUCGUCACCCAGGGCUCCGCCCAGACCCUCUCGGCCUCCGUCCUGGUCGACAUGUCGGUGGAGGCUACCUUCUGGUGGUCCUUUGGAGAUAGUUCUGAGGAGGUCUACCACUUCAGGCCUCCCUACAACAGCUGCCUGCUCAGCCCUGACCCCAGCAGCCAGCGGGUCGCCUUACAGCACAACGUUACCUACGUUUACGCCCAGCCAGGCGAGUACACGCUCACGGUCUCGGUGUACAACGCGAAAGAGAACCUGAGCCGGAAGAUCGACGUGUUUGUGUUCAGUGUGCUAACGGUGGUGGAGAUCGAGACGGACCCCGAGGUCCUGCGGGCGGGCCAGCCCGCCGUGUUCGAGGCCCACCCCCUCCCCUCACCCUACGGCGUCGUCUACACCUGGAAUUUUGGGGACGGUUCGGCCCCCCUGCGGGGCCGCGAGCGCCGGGUCAACCACACCUUCCCCCUCGGCGGCGUCUACAACAUAUCCGUCUCCAUCAACAACACCAUCAGCUACACCAGCACCCAGGCGGAGAUGCUGGUGUCCGAGGAGAUCCGUGGCUUGAUCGCCUCCUCCACCACCCCCACGGAGCUCAACACCCCCACCGUCGUCAGUGCUCAGGUGGAGGCCGGCAACAAUAUCACCUGGACCUUCGAUAUGGGCGACGGGACCGUGCUGACGGUGGCAGAGCCGCAGGUGGAGCGCACCUACGAGAAGGACGGCAACUACACGGUGAACGUCACGGCGACCAACGGUAUCGGCUCCCAGUGGGUGUCUCUGCCCGUCCGGGUGUUUGUCCUGGAGGUGCUCUGGCUUGAGCCAGCCGGCUGUGUCCAGGAGCUCACCGAGAUCGGCUUCAACGCCUUUGUGUCGGGAAACUCCUCCAUCUACAACUAUGAGUGGAGCUUUGGGGAUGACACUGAGAAUAUGACCCUCAAUGGCACCCCGGGCGUCACCCAUAAGUACUCGAGGAGUGGCAACUACUACCUCACCCUCCACCUGUUCAGCAGGGUGAACAGAGCCAAUUUCUAUGCCCUUGUCUGUGUCCAGCCAAUGAUAGCUAAUGUCUCCUUGAUCUCCACGAGCAACUACACCUUGCUUGGGGAGGAGACCGGUUUCACUGUCAGUGCAUUUCCAGAGUUUGAUUAUACCUACCGCUGGGAUUUUGGCGUCAACGACUCAGCCGACGGAAAAUACAAGGAUAUGUCCUUCACCUACAGGAACCCAGGGCAGUACCUGGUGAUGGUCACAGUCCUCAACAACAUCUCCUCCAGCAACAGCACCACCUUAAUCGAGGUUCAGGAGUCUGUGGGCCUUGUAGUCAUCCGGCACAACGGUACCAAGGCCAACAACCUGGCACUGCACCAAAUGUACACAUUUUUAGCUUUGGCGAACGGCACGAAGGUGGAAUACAUCUGGGAUUUUGGGGACGGGAUCACCCUGAUUGGUGGCAAUGUCACCCACGCCUACAACGCCUCCGGUGACUUCGACAUCGGUCUGAUGGGGACUAACCAGGUGAGCAGCAACAGCACCGAGCUCGCCGUGUCCGUCAUCACGCCCAUCCGCGGUCUGACGGUCAACGCCAGCCUGAUCAACGUUCCGCUCAACACCUCCGUCCACUUCGAGGCGCACCUGGAGCAAGGGGACAGCGUGGAGUACUCCUGGAUCCUGUGCGACCGCUGCACGGCCAUCCCCAGCACCCACACCAUGUUCUACACCUUCAGGUCCGUGGGCACGUUCAACGUCAUCGUCACGGCGGAAAACAAGAUCAGCUUUCUGCAGGCCAGCAUCUUCAUCUUUGUCCAGCGCGAGCUGGAGGGCCUGCAGAUGGUGGCGGACGAGCUGGGCGAGGACUGCUGCUUCGCCACCAACAGGGUGCUCCACCUGCAGGCCGCUCUCCGGGAGGGGACCAACAUGUCCUUCAGCUGGAGCCUCUUUAAGGACCAGGAGAACGCCACCAACCUGAGCGGGAAGACCGUCGACGUGAACUUCUCUCUGCCGGGCCACUGCAAUAUCUUCCUCAAGGCCACCAACCUCCUGGGCCAGAUCAGCGUCAAUAGGACCAUCGAGUUUCUGGACCCGGUCGGCAGUGUGAGCCUGGAAGCCGCUCCCAACCCCGUGGCGGUCAACCGCUCGACCAACAUGACGGUUCUUGUGAGCGGUGGUUCCGAUCUGAGGUACCGGUGGUCUGCCGAUGGCGUCCCCCUUCCUUGGUCCUCUCCUUCCGUGCAGCACAGAUUUUCCAACCCAGGCCUCAAGCUGGUGAGUGUGGAGAUCUCCAACAAGGUGAGCUCAGAGACGACCUCAGAGUGGAUCAGCAUACAGGAACCCAUUUCGGGGGUGACUUUCACCGCCACAGAGGUCACCGAGCAGAAUUUCGUGGCUUCCGGCGCCACCGUGUCCCUUCGGGGGGGCUACCAAGUGGGAAGCAACGUCUCCUGGACGUGGUACCUCCCCUCCACUGUGAAAAUGGGUCAGCAGGUUACCUGUUCGUUUCCCACGGCGGGGGUGUUUACGGUGACCCUGAACGCCACGAACGACGUCAGCGCGGAAGCAGCCUCGCGGGACUUCACGGUGCAGGACCGGGUCGAAGGCCUGGAGCUGCGGGUGAACAAGAGCAUCGUGGCCCUGUGGGAGAACGUGGAGUUCAACAUCGGCAUCUCCGCGGGCACGUCCGUCAGGUACAUCAUAAGCAUCAGCGGCGACGCCACCGUGGAGCUCCAGAGCCUCACCUACACCCACAAGUUCACCCGGGUGGACAACUACGUGGUCAACCUGACCGCCCGCAACCAGGUCAGCGGGGAGAGUACGAGCAUCAUCGUCAAUGUCAUGGAACCAAUCAGCGCGCUCACCAUGGUGAACUGCUGCGAGGCGGCCAUCCCCGUGGGCGUCACGAAGACGUUCACCCCCGAGAUACAGACAGGAAACCCCGUCACUUACCUGUGGACCUUCGACCUGCACCACGGGGCCAAGACCGCGGUGCUUGGGAUGCCGGUGACCUACACCCCAGAAAGGGCGGGUCAGCUGACCAUAUACCUGCGCGCGGUCAACAUCCUGAGCAGCCAGAACGUGACCAAGGUCAUCCAGGUCCAGAACAUGCUGUACUCCGAAGGCGGCCUGGAGGCCAGCACUGUGGACACCUUCGUCAACAAGACCAUCAGCCUGCGCAGCUCGGCCUCCCCGAGGGGCACCCCGGCCUCCUACCAGUGGAGCUUCGGGGACAGCGCGGGGAGGCUGAACACCAACUCCCCCGUCAUCAGCCACUCGUACGCCCUGCCCGGCAACUACGUGAUCCGGGUGAACGUCAGCAACCUGGUGAGCUGGUUCGUGGAGCAGGUCGCCGUCACCAUCCGCGUGCUGGAGUGCGAGGAGCCCGAGGUGCAGCUGGUGCACGCGCCGCGGCUGACCAUCCGCCGCUCGCAGCCCAACCUGGUGGAGGCCAGCGUCGACCUGAAGGGCUGCGUGCGGUACGGCGUGGAGUACCUGUGGAAGAUCGCCUCCUCCCCGCCGCGGGGGCAGGACGUGGUCCCGCUGCCGGCCGAGCUGGACACCAGGAGGCUCCAGCUCUCCAUCCCCAAAAUGGCGCUGCAGCUGGGCAACUACAGCCUGGUCUUCACGCUGACCUACCAGGGCGUCCCGCUGCGGAAGACCGCCGGGCUGCAGCUCAGCGUGGUGGCCGGGCGGCUGGUGCCCAUCAUCGAGGGCGGCUCGUACAGGGUCUGGUCCAAGACCCAGGACCUCCAGCUGAGCGCCGAGCAGUCGUACGACCCCAACCUGGGACCUGAGAGCCAGACCAUCCUGACCUACUUGUGGGAGUGCACCAACACCUCGAAGGGUCCAGACCACUGCUCCACUCUGAACUUUGGGCUGGGGACCAACGGGCCGGUGCUGGGCGUGCCGGAGACCGAGCUGGAGGCGGAGGUGACCUACACGUUCCGCCUCACCAUCAGCAAGGAGGGCCUGAGCCGAGAGUCCACCACACAGACGGUGCUGGUGCAGAGCGGUAGGAUCCCCAUGGUGUCUCUGGAGUGUGUGUCCUGCAAAGCCCAGUCCAUCUAUGAAGUCAGCCAAAGCUCCUACGUCUUCCUGUCUGGGACCUGCAGCAACUGUCAGGCCUCGCCCCGUGGGCGCUGGACGGCGAUGACCCUGCGUAACGAGUCCCUGGUCCUGGACGCCAGCAGCACCACCACGGGCAGCGACGAGCUGAACCUGGUGCUGCGGCAGGGCGCGCUGCGGGACGGGGACUCGUACGUCUUCAGCCUGCACGUCACCGACGAGCUGAUGGACCGCGAGGGGGCCGCCUCCAUCGUGCUGCGGCACAACCUGCCCCCCACGGGCGGGGCCUGCUCCCUGCAGCCCAGCGCCGCCCUCAUCCAGAGCCUGGUGGACAAGGUGGCCUUCUCCUGCGCGGGCUACGCGGACUCGGACGACGCGGAGACGCCGCUGCUGUACAGCCUGCUGGUGACGCGCUGCUCCCGCUCGCAGUGCGAGGAGUUCUGCGUGUACAAGGGCACCAGCCCCGAGCACGCCACCUUCCUGCCCCCCGGCCUGCUGCCCGGCCGCAGGGUGGCUGUGUCCGUCGUCGUGGAGGACCACCAGGGGGCGGCCAUCACCGCCGUCAACAAGUCCAUGGAGGUGACGCUCCCAGAAGCCCCUGCGGAGUACGACGGCCUGGUCCACUGGCUGUACAACCUGACCAGCACCACCCUGAGGGACCUGCUGAGGCUGGGGGACCCACAGCGCGUCCGGGAGCUCUCCCUGGCCCUCAUCACCGUGCUCAACGAGUAUGAACAGGUCGUGCCCACAGCGGACGUAAGCAGGGCGGAGCGGCAGCUGAGGGUGAGCGUGCGCAGCAACAUCACGCGUGCGCUGACCUCCCUCGACCUCAACACCGUCAACGACAUCCAGCAGACCUCUGCUGCUCUGGCACAGUGCACGGCGGUGAGUCGGGAGUUCCUCUGUGAGGAGUGUCAGAACAGCACUCUGAACAAGCUGGAGUCCAUGCUGGAGAUCCUGCAGGGGGACACCAAGCAGGGCACCGUCACGCCCACAGAGAUCGCCGACAACAUCCUGAGCAUCGUGGGUGACCUGAUCUACCAGGUGAGCGAGUCCCCGGCCCCGCCCGAGGCCGAGGACAAGCUGCUGGCGCUGAGCGAGCUGCAGCCGCUCCGCGUGGCGGCCAAGGCCUACAACCUGUCGUCGGAGCUCAUGCGCAUCCUGAUGACGUCGCGCGUGCUGAACGAGGAGCCCCUGGUGCUGCGCUGCACCAAGAUGGCCGCCACGGGCAAGCGGGCCGACCCGCAGAGCCUGCUGUGCACCCGGGACGGCGGCGACUGCCUCUUCAGCAUCCCGCCCGCCUUCAACGGCAGCCUGGGCGACGUGGCGCGCGUGGUGCAGCUCCUCUUCCAGGUGGAGUCCAACCCCUUCCCCUUCAACUACGUCAGCAACUACACCGUCUCCACCGAGGUGGCCUCCAUGGAGUUCCAGACGGAGAACGGCACGCAGAUCCCCAUCGCCCGGCUGGGCGACAGCCAGGCGAUCACCGUGACGAUGGCCAACAGCAGCGGGGCGGGCGGCGCCCCCGAGCGGGUGCUGGCGGGGGCCACCAACGUCAGCCACUGCAGCUCCGUCAUCGUGAAGGUCGCCGCCGGCAACACCAACCGCCACGCCGGCCUGCACGUGCAGCUGUCCUUCAGCCCGCUCGACGAUGGCGCUGAGGAGACUGAGGAGGACCCCUCCAUCGACGCCUACCUGCACGACUCCGCCUGGCCCAACGAGUACAACUGCAGCCAGAGGAAACACAUCAGCCUGAGCAUGCUCAAUGGCUUGGACCACAAGCUCUACACCUUCUUCGUUUCUCCACAGUCACACGACACCACGCUGGACUACUACGUGAACGUGACGACGGGGUGCGAGGCGGGCUCCCCCGGCGUGGGGCUGGAGGUGGGCGUGUUCUCCUCGCUGUGCCAGUACUUCAGCGAGAGCGAGAGGCUGUGGCGCACCGACGGCAUGCUGCCCCUGGCCGACACCACGCCCGCGCGCGCCGUCUGCGUCACGCAGCACCUCACCUCCUUCGCCGCCAGCCUGUUCGUCCCGCCGGAGGCCGUGCAGUUCAUCGUCCCUCGCUCGUCCGGGCUCAGUCUGGUGGUGCUGCUCACCUGCGCGGUGGGGCUGGUCUGCUACGCCGUGGCGGCGGCCAUCUUGCACCGGCUGGACCAGCUGGAGCUGCGGCGGGCGGCCACGGUGCCGCUGUGCGGGAAGGACGGCCUGUUCAAGUACGAGCUGCAGGUGAAGACCGGCUGGGCCCGCGGUGCAGGCACGACGGCCCACGUGGGCGUCAGUCUGUACGGCAGGGAGAGCCGCAGCGGGCACCGACAUCUGGACAGCAGCGGGGCCUUCGCCCGGAACAGCCUGGACAUCUUCCACAUCGCCACCGACACCAGCCUGGGCAGCGUGUGCAAGAUCCGCAUCUGGCACGACAACAAGGGCCUCAGCCCUGCCUGGCAGCUGCAGUACGUGUUGGUGAAGGACCUGCAGAGCGGAAGCUCCUACUACUUCCUGGUGGAGGAGUGGCUGUCUGUCGACAACGAGGAAACGGACGGACGGGUGGAGAUCGAGGUGGAAGCUUCCGCGGAGGCGGAGUUGAGGCAGUUGCCACGCCUGCUCUCCUGGGAGCUGCAGCGGUCGGUGUCCGAGAGCCACAUCUGGCUGUCCCUGUGGGAGCGGCCCCGCAGUCCCUUCUCCCGCCUGCAGAGGGCGACCUGCUGCGCCGUGCUGCUGCACCUCUGCCUGCUGGCCAACGCCGUGUGGUACGCCACCGUGGUGGACCGGGCCCGGAGCUCUGCGGCGGUGUCCAGGCUGGCCACGGUCAGUGGGGAGACGUUAGCUGUGGGGCUCGUCAGCUGCAUGGUGGUGUACCCCCUCUACCUGCUGCUGCUGUGUCUCUUCAGGAUGGCCCGCAGCAAGUUUGGCUCCGCCCCAGGGGACGGAACUCUAGGUCUGGGAUGGAUGGAGCUGGCAUCCAACCUCACCCAGAACUGGACCACCCAGACACCCCACAGCACAGGGGCGUGGCACUGGGGACAAGCCUCCACCUACGGGAGCGGGGGCUACAUCCAGGACCUGCGGAGGUCCACGGAGGCGUCCCAGGCUCUGAUCCGAAACCUGGAGACACACUACUGGCUGGACUCCCUGACGCGGGCCCUGUUUGUGGAGUUCUCCCUCUACAACACGAACACAGACCUGCUGGCGGUGCUGACCUUCCUGCUGGAGUUCCCCUCCCCCGAGGGGGCGCUGUCGAGCCUGGACCUGAAGAUCUGCCUGCAGCACAGACUGAGUGCCGGGCUGGACCUGCUGCUGCUGCUCACGGUGUUCCUGCUGGCCUUCGUGCUGUACUUCCUGGUGCGCGUGGGCGCGGGCGUGCGCAGGGAAGGGCGCGGCUACUUCCUGCGGGCGUGGCGCGUGGCGGGGGCGUGCAGCCUGGCGCUGGCGCUGGGCGCGGCCGCGCUGCACCUGAGCCGCUGCGCGCUGGCCGACCGCCUCUGGGGGGCGCUCCUGAGCCGGCCCCACGCCUUCACCGACUUCUACCCCCUGGCCCUGCUGAGCCAGGCCUUCUCCCAGCUCUGCGCCCUCCUGCUCUUCCUGCUGGUGCUCCGGGCCUCUCAGCAGCUGCGGUUCCUGCGGGAGUGGUCCGUGUUUGGCAGGGCUCUGAGGCGCUCUGUCUGGGAGCUGCUGGCGGCGGCCGGGGCUCUGCUGGUGUUGGUGCUGGCCUACGCACACGCUGGACACCUGCUCUUCCACUCUGUGCUGGAGGGCUAUGGCAGCGUGAGCGCGGCCUGCCUGACCCUGCUGGGGGCGGGUCGGGGGCGGGGCCAGCCGGUCGGCAGGACGACGGCGCCGUGCCUGGCCUAUCAGGGCAGCUUCCUGCUGCUGCGGGCGGGGCUGCUGUGGCUGGUGACGGCGGCGGUGCUGCGGAGCUACCGGCGCGCGCGGGCCGAGCUGUACCGGCCCGCCAUCGAGGCCCAGGACUACGAGAUGGUGGAGCUCUUCCUGCGCCGCCUCAAGAUGUGGAUGGGCCUCAGCCACGCCAAGGAGUUCCGGCACAAGGUGCGCUUCGAGGGCAUGGAGCUGCCCCCGUCCCGCUCCUCCUCCACCAGCGACUGCAAGUCCCUGUGCCUGCCCCUGGAGCCGGCCGAGGGCCCGCCCACGCCGGACGGGUCCGAGUCGUCGUGGCGACCGGCCUCCUGCAGCCCCUGCAGCCUGGGGGAGGGGCCGGGGCCGGCGGCGGGGCCGGUGGGCGGGGCGGCGUGGCGGGAGCGGGCGGAGGUGGAGGCCACGCUGAGGCGGCUCCUCCCGGCGUUCGACUCGCUGCUGCAGCAGCUGGAGCGCGUGACGCACGCCACGGAGGAGCUGUACCGCACGGAGUGCCGGCUGGAGAGGGCCCAGCGCCGCCCGGGCAGGAAGCGCAGCCACCGGGACUCCGCUGGGCGGAGGAGCCACGGCGACCGGGCCGGGAACCAUGGCGACAGGAACCACGGCGACAGGGCCCGGAACCACGGCGACAGGGCGCGGCUGCCCAAGAACACGCCCCCGAGUAACCCCAACCCUAACCCCGCCCCUGUCCCUAACCCCGCCCCUGUCCCGAACUCCGCCCCCGUCACUAAUCCCGCCCCCGUCACUAAUCCCGCCCCCGUCACUAAUCCCGCCCCCAUCGCUAACCCCGCCCCCGUCCCUAACCCCGCCCCCCGGCGCAGAGAGUGGGAGGGUCCCGGCGAGGCUGAGCCAAUCCCCUCCAGCCUCUUCCGCCACCCGGCGCACACCACCACCAUCCCCACCCGCAAGCGCAAGCCCCCGCCCCUCAAGAACAAGGUGCACCCCAACACAGACGUGCACGUCUCCGGGCACCCCAAACCCUGA